UGUGUGUCUGCAGCAGAGCUAGCAGCAGCGGUUAGCCACUAGCAUCUAGACGACACAGAGAGGUGUAGCGAGCUAGCAGGUUAGCAUCGCAGCUAAUCAUGGUGAAUGUAAAGAAGCGGAAAGGUCGAGUCGUGAUUGACUCUGACUCUGAGGACAGUGCUAGCGACGAUAACUUAGAUCAGGAGCUCUUGUCCUUGGCAAAGAGGAAGAGGGUUGAUUCAGGUGAUCAGGAUGAGCCGGUCAGCAAACCUGCAGCUUCUACAGACUCCGAGACGUCCGAUAGUGAUGAUGAGUGGACUGUGGGUGGCACCAAAGGCAAAAAGAAGGUUAAACCAGGGAAAGGGUCCGAGAAGAAGAACGCUACAAAGAAGAAGGUUAAUAAAGCGACGGCGUCUGGCAGCUCAAAUGGAGACAGCUCAGCUGAGAGCUCCGCACCAGAGGAGGGCGAGGUGUCUGACUCCGAGAGCAACAGCUCGUCUUCCAGCUCCGACUCGGACUCUUCCGAAGACGAGGUGUUCAGGGACGGUUACGACGACGACUUGAUGGGAGACGCGGAGGACAGAGCUCGCCUGGAGCAAAUGACGGAGAAGGAGAGAGAGCAAGAGCUGUUCAACAGAAUUGAGAAGAGAGAGGUGCUAAAGAGACGUUUUGAAAUCAAGAAGAAGCUGAAGACGGCAAAGAAGAAGGAGAAAGAGGAGAAGAAAAAGAAGCAGGAGGAAGAACAAGAAAAGAGGAAGCUAUCUCAGGUUCAAGACACACAAGUGGUCAUGUCACACAACAAGGAGAGACGAUCCAAACGUGACGAAAAACUUGACAAAAAGUCCCAGGCCAUGGAGGAGCUCAAAGCUGAACGUGAGAAGAAGAAAAACAAAACAGCGGAGCUGCUGGCCAAACGUCAGCCCCUGAAGACGAGCGAGGUUUACUCUGACGACGAGGAGGAAGAGGAGGAAGACGAUGACAAGUCAUCAGUCAAAAGUGACCGGAGUUCCCGCUCAUCGUCUUAUGAUGAUGACGAAAAAGAAGAUACUCCACCGAAGUCGCAGCCUGUUUCAUUACCAGAUGAGCUCAACAGGGUCCGCCUGUCCAGACACAAGCUGGAGCGCUGGUGCCACAUGCCCUUCUUUGCUAAGACCGUGACCGGCUGCUUUGUGAGGAUAGGGAUCGGGAACAGCAGCAGUAAACCAGUUUACAGGGUUGCUGAAAUUGUGGAUGUGGUUGAGACGGCGAAGGUUUACCAACUUGGAACAACGCGAACAAACAAGGGAUUACAAUUAAGGCAUGGCGGUGACACGCGGGUGUUCAGGCUUGAGUUUGUAUCAAAUCAGGAGUUUAUGGAAAGCGAGUUCAUGAAGUGGAAAGAGGCGAUGGUCGUUGCUGGAAUGCAAGUACCGACUCUCGACGAAAUCACCAAAAAAGAGCAGUCCAUCAAAGAAGCUCUGAACUACAAGUUCAAUGACAAAGACAUUGAGGAUAUUGUUAAAGAAAAGGACCGAUUCCGAAAAGCACCACCAAAUUACGCCAUGAAGAAAACGCAGUUACUCAAAGAUAAGGCCAUGGCAGAAGAGAUUGGAGAUAGUGACAAAGUGAAAGCGAUCCAAGAUGAGCUGAACGAACUCGAGGAGAGGGCAGAAGCACUUGACAGACAGAGGACCAAGAGCAUCUCUGCCAUCAGCUACAUCAAUCAGAGGAACAGAAGCUGGAACAUUGUUGAAUCUGAGAAAGCUCUUGUGGCUGAAGGACAAAAAAAUGCCAAAAACCAACAAAUGGAUCCUUUCACACGAAGACAGUGCAAACCCACCAUGGUGUCUAAUGCCAGAGACCCGUCAGUCCACGCAGCUAUUCUUGCUCACUUGAACCAGAAGUACGGCUCUGGGUCGGAACUCGAUGCUAACACUGACAUAAACAAACUGGGUCAACUAAACUCAAAGGACAAAGAUGGCCCCAAGCCAAACACUGACCUCUCAGAGGACUUGUUUAAAGUUCAUGAUUUCGACGUCAAGAUUGACCUUCAGGUUCCCAAUGCAGAGGCAAAGUCUUUGUCCGUGAGCUCCAACGCGCUGCCGGUGAAGGACGGCGCUCCCCGCCGGUCCCUCAACCUGGAAGACUACAAGAAGAGGAGGGGGCUGAUCUGAUGUGGUAGUCCAUCAUUCAGUAACCACAUUGCAUGUGUAAUUGGCUGUGCAAGAGAGAGAGUGUGUGUGUGUGUGUGUGUGUGUGGUUGAGAGAGUGAAUGUGUGGAUGAGUGUGGGUGUGUGUGAAUGACUCCCAGAGGACGUGUGUUUGAAUGUUAGUACAACAGACUGUUUAUCCGAACACAGAGGAAAUACUGAUUGGGCAAAGACAACAUUUUUCUCUAAAGGAUCUCUCUCGGAAGAUGUCCAGAUAUUUGUUGUUUUGUUAUUUUUGCAUUAUCACACACAAACUUGUAUAUUGAGUUGUGUUUUUUUUAUGUAUUUAACUUCUUUCCUCCCGCUGUUUUGGAUCUUCUGGAGUCUUUUUUUGUCUUUUUUUUUCUAAAAGGACACGGCGCUUGUGGAUUAUUACCUUGAACAAGGACACUAUCUUAGAAGACUUAGAUUGUUGAGGUAUUUUGAAAUUACUGGACUGGAUAUCUAAAGGAGCCGACCAGCUUGUCCUCACCAACAAUGAAUUACUGUUGUAAAUCUUCCCCCCCCACCAUCCCUACAUGUGUGAUCAUCUGCCCCUUGCAGUCCAUCCGGGAUUUUAACAGCCUCAUGUUUUUUUUUGCGAAGUGUAGAUGAUCACCACUCGAUCGUCACGCCGGCCCUCCGUGACAAAUGUGAAAAGUUGAGUCCGUGUCAACUGGACAUUUAUCACUUUUUAAGUCUUUGAAACGACCCGAUUUAAGAGGAACCCUUUUCUAUGACUGGCCUAGUUAUAAAAGUGUUGCUUAAUUUCUGUUAUCUCUUUGUUGGUUGUUCAUGGAAUAACUCCCCUGCCCUUAACUCCCAGAGCAGAUUCUACGUGUUAUCGAUUGUGUCCAUAGUUCCUGUAUUGAUGUGGCAUGCCAUGUAAAUAUGCAUUUUGGAGUGAGUGCGGAAAAAAUAAAGAGGCACUGUUUCAUAA